AUGGAGCUUGCUGGCCUCGUGGUCGGCGUCGCCGGCCUCGCGGGGAUCUUCAGCACCUGUGUGGGAGCCAUUGAGAGAGUUCAGUCCUAUCAGGCAUACACCGCUGAUUCGGGGGCUCUGGAAACGCGCUUCAAGGUCGCCAAAGUCCGUUUCGAAGCGUGGGGUUCAGCCGUCGGGAUAGAACACGGCAGAUUGCUAGCCGACCAUCAUCCUGGAUUAGAUGACCCAAACAGAAUAGAGGUGAUAACUGAAACGCUACAAAUCAUCCUGAAGGCUAUAUGCGAUGAAAGUCAAAAGUCUUCGAAACAAACCCGCUUGUCUAAGACUCAAGACAAUGCGACCCUGAGAUCAAACGGCACUCAUGCCUCGAUAUCAUCCGAAUCCAAGAAACGCAGAGUACAAUGGGCGCUCUGGGGUAAAGAUGGUCGCAUGGAAAAGGUUGAAUUGUUUGAGAAGCUGGUGGACGGGCUGUACCACCUCGUGUCGCCUUCAGGAGGAGGGGAGAUGAUAAGCUCGCCGCCUCAGUAUGGAGAGGAAAAAGUACCAGAAGUCGACAUGCACCAAACUGGACUUGAUGAUAUACGGCGUAUUCUUGUUCGCCGGGAUAGCCAAAUCAAAGCCAAGUUCCUUCGUGAACUCUAUGUCUGGCUAGGUCACCACUCUCCAACCGAGUUCUACCAAGAAGCCCUCCAAAAGAAAGCCAAUGGUACCUGCGAAUGGUUUCUGCAUCGGCCUGCAUUUUUAAACUGGCUGGAUGCCUCCGUCCCUCGAAACCUGCUCUGGGUUCACGCCCCUGCAGGAUUUGGGAAAACCGUUCUCAGCGCUCGCAUUGUGGACUAUGUAUCAUCCACCGAUUUAACGCCCGUCGCGUACUUUUUCUUCUCGUCCGAGAGUGAGGGCUCCAGGGACCCUUUCGUUGCCAUUAGGUCCUGGGUCUCUCAGCUCGUUUCAUGUGACUCGGGCGCAGGUGCAUUUGAAGACGUCCUUGGGAUGUGGGAGGCUGACCAUGACCCAGUUGCAUCGCGUUCUACUGUCCUUGAGAUUUUCACACAGCUCCUUUCGGCAAUCCCUAAUUGCAUUCUUGUUGCCGAUGGCCUUGAUGAAUGCCUAGGAUCUAAUCAAGGAAAUACAACGAUAUCAAGCUUUGUACGUCAUGUCAUAGAUGUCGUAGCUACGACAAAUACCAGGGUUCUCCUUGUCAGUCGCGAUGAACCUAGUAUACGAACUGCCCUUGCGAGCUCGCCGGAGAUACUUACCGAAUACAAGAUCUCAUCCACCGACGUUCAGUCUGACACCGCUGCUUACUCCGAUGAAAUUGUCAAAACUAUGCUUCCUAACAAGACCGAGGACGUUCGAUCAACCCUUUCUAAAGCAAUGGCUGCUCGGUGUGAUGGCCAGUUCCUCUGGCUCAAAUUACAGGAGAGCUCUCUCAGGAAGGGACUGAACAAAAAGCAAUUACAGAAUGUCAUACAAAAUACGCCCCCUGGACUCGAGUAUAUUUAUGACAGAAACUGGCACCGAAUCACAAGUCUACAACCAGACGAUCAGGGUCGAGCCAUUUGCAUCCUAAGGUGGUUGGCAUUCGCUUUGCGUCUACUUACAGUCCAGGAGAUUACCGAGGCAGUGCUUGUCAAUGAGACAGAGGAGCUAUUACCGGAAGAUUUACCUGAUGAAAUAGACGAUGACUAUGUUGAAAGUGAAAUCAUCGGUCUUUGUGGGACUCUCUUGGAAGUCCGGAACUCUUUUGCUAACUCUCUCCCGAGAGACCGAACUCUACACAUACCUCACUUUUCCGUGCGAGAGUACCUUGUUUCGAGGCUUCCCUACCCUUCAUUCAUCGAUGAAGAUGGGGUCCUUAACGAAAGUUGUGAGAAGGCUCAUCACACACUGCUCGCGAUGACCUGUAUUCAAUACAUAAGCCUCAUCCAAGUCUGGGACAACUCCCAACACCAGCCUGACGACCCGUUACCGUGCGCCGCAUUUCGAGAUUAUGCUGCUACCCGAUGGUACGAGCACACAAGGUUGGGCUUGGCAGAUUCCCCCGAGAUAGUCUCGUUGUGUCUUGAAUUGUUUCAAGAAGAAAAUCCCGCUUGGGUUGAAUGGAGAAACUGGUUCGAAUUGAACCGCAAAAGCAGAAAGAGAAAUCGGCCUGAGCGUGUCCUUCCAAGCCCCCUCUUUUAUGCGGUGAAGCUGGGUUUGGAUAAAGUGGCGGCUUGUUUAGCAACAAGCGCUGAUGUCAACGGAGCAAGCAGUCGCGGACGAACACCUUUAGGUGCGGCGUGCUCUAAAGGGAACUUGACCAUUGCUAAGUUACUUACCAAGCAAGGGGCCAAGGUUGAUGCCGCGCCAGGCUCGAACGGGGUGACGCCGCUGCACAAAGCAUCAAAACAUGGCUUCAACGAGGUUGUGAAGUUUCUCCUUGGAGAGGGGGCUGAUAUUCAGGCAUUUGAUGUACAUGGAUGGACUCCAAUGGCAUUAGCAUCUAUGCGUGGUCAUCUUGAAGUAACCACGCUCCUUCUAGAUAACGGGGCUCCAGUUGAGGUUUGCACAUCUGAUGGCUCCAGUCCACUAAUGUUAGCCUGCGCCAGAGGCCAUUCUCAUGUUGCGAAACUUUUGUUGUGGAGGGGCGCUUCUAUUUCCUCCGAGGACCGAUUAGGGAAUACCUCUAUGCAUUUAGCUGCCUGUAAUGGCCACCUCGAGGUUGUGAAACUCCUUCUGGAACACGAGGCUGGAGUUAUAGCUCCUAUUGGUCACGAGGGAGCCUCUGAAGGGUAUGAAGAAAGUGUGAAUCUUCCUCGGGAAAAACAAGCUGGAAUCUUCGACAGACGCAAUAUCGUUGGUGAUGCGCCUUUGACCGUGGCCGCUAGUAACGGCCAUCUUGAAGUCGUGCGACUUCUCCUGGAAUACGAGGCUACAGUUGAGACGGCUGAUAGACAUCAUAGAAGUCCUUUGCAUUUUGCUGCGGUUCUUGGCAAUGUUGAGAUGGUAAGGCUCCUUCUGGAAAAGGGUGCAGACACCACUGCCCAAGAUUUUUCUGGUUGCACCCCAUUAUUAUGUGCAGCACAGAGAGAUCACAGCGAAGUGGUUAAGCUUCUCUUAGAUAGAGAAGCGUCUGUUGGGUCCACAGAUCAAACUGGGGUGACUUCGCUGAUGCAUGCUUCUGGAUUUGGUCAUAUCGAAACUAUGAGAGUUCUUCUGGAAGCAGGAGCUGAUAUCAAGGCUACGAGUGACAACGGAGGGACUCCACUAAUAUUUGCAUCCGAAGAUGGCCAUGUCGAAGCGAUGAGGGUUCUCCUAGAUAGAGGAGCUGGCAUCGAGACUGCGGAUAAUGACGGGUGGACUUCUCUGAUGAUUACUUCUCAAAACGGCCAUACCGAAGCUGUCAAGAUGCUCUUGGAACGAGGAGCUAAUACUGAAGCCAUGGAUGCCUUUGGGUGGACUUCAUUGAUGCUUGCUUCCCAAAAUGGCUAUAUCGAAGUUAUCAAGAUUCUCCUAGAAAAGGGAGCUAAUGUCGAGGCUUCGGAUACUGACGGAUGGACUCCACUGUUGAUCGCUUCCCGGCAUGGCCAUGCAGAAGCCCUUAAGCUGCUUUUAGAUCAUGGCUCCGAUCCUGCUGUUUCGAAUUCCCAACGGGAAACUGCACUCCACCUGGCAUCCGAGCAUGGCUUCUGCGAGAUGAUGGACCUCCUUCUUAAUACAUCUGCUCCUAUCUGCAAUAAGCAGGAUCAAUGUGGUCGCACGCCUCUGUUUCUAGCCUCUGUAUAUGGGCAUCAUCAAGCAGUGAGGACCUUGUUGUCAGAUAGUCGAGUCGAUCAAGAAAUGAAGGACUGGCGCGGGUCGACCCCCUUAUUUACUGCAGUGGCCAAUGGCCACUAUGAAACAGCACAACUUCUGAUCUCCGAGUCUACAAAUUUAGAGACUCAGAGUGGCACCAAACGGGAUUUGCUGUGGUGGGCGCGACGUAGCGGAAACCCGCAAGUCGUUCAGAAGGUUAAGGAGCAUGCACAAAAGAUGGACAGGCCUUUAAACGAUCAAGAAGGUGAAUUUGCCGUGGAAGUUGUUCCGUUCAAGCUGGAAACUGGUUUCUGCGAUGCCUGUACUCUCAGUUUUUCAAGUGAUGCCUCCUACGAAUGUCUCCCAGAUCACAAUUUCGGGUUGUGCCAGGAGUGCUUUGACGAAGGUAUUAGGUGCUCUAACUCGACACACGAAAUGAAACUUAUCGAUGGACCUUCAGAUUCUGAUGAUGAGUCUGACGAUGGGUAA